CAGCAGGAGAGGCUUUCCUUCAAGCUGUUAGUGUUUUAUCCUGGCAGGCUCCUCGAGGUUGUUGUGAGGAGUCUAGCCAGUUGGUGAGCUUUGUAAUCUAAACCAGCUGUCCCAGGCUGAGGCCCCCAUUUGCAUUGUUUAACAUACUUAGAAAAUGAAGUGUUCAUUUUUAACAUUCCUCCUCCAAUUGGUUUAAUGCUGAAUUACAGAAGAGAACUAAGCAAAACCAGGUGCUUUCUCUGUGUUCUCUCCAGUGUCUGAGGAGGUACAGACGGCUCCCGAUCUUCUCCAUUACUUGCUAUUUCAUUCUUUGGACUAUAAAUGACUGAGGAACUGAAGUGCUAGCAGAGGGUAAUGUUUGGAAAAACUUUCUAGUUAUUCAUCAGCACAGACUCUGGUUUUUUUUCCACCUUUCCCCAACGGUUUUGGACAUGCAAGGUUUAAAAAGGAUACUGACUGCUUUCACACUGGCCGCCUGCCUUUCAAGCCCUGGAAAAGCACAGCAACAAUGCACUAAUGGGUUUGACCUGGACCGUGCCUCUGGGCAGUGCUUAGAUAUUGAUGAAUGUCGGACUAUUCCUGAGGCCUGCAGAGGAGAUAUGGUGUGUGUCAACCAGAAUGGUGGCUAUUUAUGUGUACCCCGAACAAACCCAGUGUAUCGGUCACCAUAUUUGAAUCCUUAUUCAAAUAUUUAUCCACCGCCCCCAGCACCAGGCCCUGUUCCUAACUACCCUACUGUUACACGACCUCUGAUGUGUCGAUUUGGUUACCAGUUGGAUGAAAAUAAUCAGUGUGCUGAUGUGGAUGAAUGCGCUUCAGAUUCUCACCAGUGUAACCCCACCCAGAUCUGCAUAAAUACUGAGGGGGGCUAUACCUGUUCCUGCACUGAAGGCUACUGGCUCUUAGAAGGCCAGUGUUUAGAUAUAGAUGAAUGUCGCUACGGCUACUGCCAGCAGCUGUGUGCCAAUGUGCCCGGUUCCUACUCCUGUACGUGCAACCCAGGCUUUACCCUUAAUGAUGAUGGAAGAUCAUGCCAAGAUAUGAACGAAUGUACAAGCCAAAACCCUUGCACUCAGACCUGCGUCAAUACCUACGGCUCUUUUCUCUGCCGCUGUGAACCUGGCUACGAACUGGAAGCUGAUGGAGUUAACUGCAGUGACAUGGAUGAAUGCAGCUUCUCAGAGUUCCUCUGCCAGCAUGAAUGUGUGAACGGGCCUGGUUCUUACUACUGUAGCUGUCCUUCGGGCUAUAACUUGCUUGACGAUAACAGAAGCUGCCAAGAUAUCAAUGAAUGUGAAACCAGAAACUUCACCUGCACUCCACAGCAAACAUGUUUCAAUAUCCCAGGAGAAUAUAAAUGUUUAGACCCAGUAAGAUGUGAGGAUCCUUAUAUCCAGAUUAAUGAGAACCGCUGCAUGUGUCCAGCUGAAAACGCCGGUUGCAGAGAUCAGCCAUUCACCAUCUUGUACAGAGUGAUGGAUAUGGUGUCCGGGCGGUCUGUGCCUUCUGACAUUUUUCAGAUGCAAGCAACAACUCGCUACCCUGGAGCCUAUUACAUCUUCCAAAUCAAAUCAGGGAACGAGGGCAGGGAAUUCUACAUGCGGCAAACGGGACCGAUCAGUGCUACUCUGGUGAUGACCCGCCCUGUGAAGGGGCCCCGUACUAUUCAGUUGGACUUGGAAAUGAUCACUGUUAACACCGUCAUCAACUUCAGAGGAAGCUCUGUCAUCCGGCUGAGGAUAUACGUAUCACAGUACUCCUUCUAAACCUUGAGUUUGUGCCCUGGAAACAUUAAAACAAAAGAGACGGUUCCUCCUCUGCAGAACUCUCUCCUCAGAAGCCAGUACGUAUAGCAGCUCUAAACCAAAGCAGUAUUUCCACUGACCCGGUGACCUAUGCCUGUCUGAGGAGGGAGGCCUCUUCAUGCACAGUCCCUACCAGGAUGCAGACAUUUGAAGAUGUAUCAGUCAGCAGAUCCCAUAUGAUUCUCUAUGUGGUCAUAUAUUUUAAGGACUCUUCUUUCCAUUGUAAACACUUCUAGGGUAUGAGUCUAUGUUUGAAAGACUGUGAACCUUUGUAGCUCCAAGGCUGCUUAGCAAAAAGCACCAAAGAAACUGAGGAAAAAGCUGGCUUUUGCAAUCUUGCCUUUUCUUUUUUUUUUCAUCAUAAAUGGAAAGCAGACAAACAAGCAGAAACAGAAACAAAAAGCCACCUAUUGAAACAAGGGAUCUCAGAAGUACUAACUUACAUUCCCAAUUAUCUCUGGAAUUUUCUGUCAGGCACUUUGUUUCAAUUCACCUUGCAUUUGUCUUAGUUUCACCUGUUUUUUCUUUGAUUCUAUUUUAUAGUUAAAAUUCAUUGUAAAUUCAUUCCAAAAUACGUGUUGUACUAUGUAAUCUUCUACUUUCUAACAAAGCGUCACAUGUUUGGGUUCCUUCCUGUAUUAAAUCUUUCUAUAUAACAGAGUUCCUAGAAAUC